AUGGCACGAUUUUCGUUGACUCGCAGAAAGCCUCCACUACCAAGGCUGAAUCUUGAUUCAAGGCACCAAUAUCAGGGACGACAAGCACCACCACCGCCGCCUCCUCAAGGACCCCCGCCUCCUUCACCAACGCCGCCGCCACCCCCAGAGGGACCUCCCCCAGUCUCACCACCCCCUCCUCCUCCGCCAGAAGGGCCUCUUCCGCCAGAAGGGCCUCCUCCGCCAUCGCCACCGCCGCCUCCUCCCCCAGAGGGGCCACCGCCACCACCGCCUCCAUCACCACCUCCUCCACCACCUCCCCCAUCCCCUCGACCACCGCCGCCUCCACCCCCACCCCCAGGAGGGCCUCCUCCACCCCCCGGACCGCCGCCGCCACCGCCGCCGCCGGCAUCAAGAGGUCCAACGAACACCGUCUUUAUUACCUUAGCACCCCCGACAGUGACCGUAGUUGCCACACAAGUCCCGGCAGCUGACCAGAACACGGCAUUACGCAGCGGUGAUGGACUGAAACAAUACCAGCCACCGGCGAUCAACAUAAAUAUGACCCAGGGCGUUCCCACUUUUACCGAGGUCGGUAUCGCGAUUCUCGGCUUUGUAUCAGGAAUAGGUAGGUGGAACAACCAUGAGGAGAAACAAUUCGUCCCCAGAUUCCUACAUCUACUAACAUGGCACUAA